GCUCUAAUCGGCGGAAAAAAUGUAAAUUUUCGUUCGCUUAUAAUUUUGCUGUGAAAUGGAUUUACCACAUCAAAUUUAGCAGUUGAAAAUGGUAGUGACCAUGAUACUGUACUGCCAAAUCUUAUGCAGAAGCUACAGAUGACGACUAAGCAGAUCAAAGCAUGGUCACAUACAAGUCAAAAACUCAGACUCGCAAUGUCCAAGUACACAGAGCCGGACCCAGUGGACCCAAAUCGUCUUCAAAAGUGCUUAGAAAAGCUGAAAAUGGCAAUUGAAGUUUCAUCCGUACCAGCAAUGACUGAAAGGCUUGAUGCUAUUGCAAGACAAGUUGGGUUGAAAUCCAACUGGAGCAUUGACAUUGGGUACCUCAGUUCAGACUGCUUCUAUGUGGAAGUGAAGCUAGCACCUCAUGGUGGUGUUAAAGAUGUGAUUGUUGUGCAUGGCAUGAGUGGUAAUACACAGAGUUGUGAGGAGAUGUGUGAGGUGUUAAGGAAGAAUGAUUUUAAAGAAUUCACAGAGCAUCUAAAAGGAUUGUGUCAAAUGUACCAGCUUGGAGGAGACAGUAAAAUGAAAACGGCAUCAUUCAACUGUCUUCAUGCGUUAGAGAUGGAUCUUAAUACGCUCUUUAAAAUCAGUGGUGUCAAGUUUGGUGCAUCCCAACAAGGUGGAAGUCCUCUUCUUCAUAUCACUAAGGGCUUUGUAGGAUAUCUGACACCAAGAGUAGGAGGUCAUCUGAUGCGCCUUACAUACUUUGUGUCCCCAUAUGAUUUGCUGGAUGUGGAAAAAAAGCAGACGAAAGAACUCUCUCUGACAGAACCUUUGCCCAAAGACCUUGGGUUAUCUGUGACAGUUGGUAUAGAAAGUGCUUCUCAGAGGAAGAUUCAGACAGCUCCUACCAUGAUGGUUACAGACAACAAGAUCACCAAUGUUAUGCCUUUGAGCAAUCAAAAUAGCAUCAAUAUCCCUGCUACAUUUGUGCUGAAGCUCAGUGAACCUAUGCCCAUGUCUCUCAUCCUACUCAAACAGCUCCAGAAUAUAUCGGGUGUUUCUACACAGUAUGCUGAUCCCACUGCUGCUACACCUCUCAAUACACUCAUCUGUAGAUUCACCCUGGACCCUGUCACAUUCCUUCAAAAUCAGACGAAAGAUGGCCGUCAAAAUAAAACAAAAAACUACAUUGUGGAACUUCCUGAUCAGCAUCACUCAUAUAUCAUCAAUGAUGGCACCAACCCUAAUGAUCUGAGAGACAUGCAAGGCGCCUUGCUCUCUAAGAUCACCUUCACAGCACCUAACACGGUAGUGAAGAUCAUCUCACUUCUCAGACAACAGGCUGUCUAUAAUACUCUCAUUGCCAGCUGUGUCAGGGACAAAGAAGGCGAAGAUCCAGCUGAAUGUGUGCUAUUUGAAGUAACUCCCUACACCAACCAGAAGCUCACAGUCACCUUUGAACACCCAGCCAGGGAAGGAGUUGCAUGUGUGGAGUUAGACCUGACUGACCAAUCAGCAGUCAAAGCCAAGCUUCAUAGUGGUCCUGGUGAGGAAGCUUUCUGUUCUGAUGAUUAUGCAACCAAGGUGCUUCAGAAGUGUCUCUCCAUUCCUAUCACCAUGAGAGCCAUCAUGAAAAAAGCAGAGCAGUGGCUGGAGACGCAUGAAUCCAAGAAAUCGCUGAGCCUACCACCAGCUCCAUCUUCUGGUCCAUCAGGAGGUUCCGUUUUUGAUCCUAUGAGUGGUAUUCAUCGUCAUAGUGGCCUUGGAGGUGGUGGUGGCCAUGGAACUACUUUCUUUCCAAGUCAUCGCCCACACCAAUCAUCUUAUUCACACCAACUCCAAUCACAUAGUAUCCUGAGUGAUCUUACCACCACCAUGUCAGCCAUCUUGCCUCAUGGAGAGGGGUUCGAUAUCCAUGGAGAUAAACCCACCAAGGUGGCACAGAAUCCCAUGUUGGCAAGUCUCCUACAGCAUGCGGCUCUUGCAGUCAGCACAUCCUCUCUAUCCAUUCCACCUCCGUCCCCAUCACCUAUGUCGUCACCACCUCUGGCAUCCGGACCAAAGCCUCACAAGAACCCAAUGCUGAUGAAUCUUCUGCAGGAACAGAAUACUCUUACUCCUGUAGCAGCCAUUGCUCAACCUGUUGGCUCGAUGGGAAGGAUGAUACGCAGGGGAAAACGUGGAAGAUCAGUCAGUGUGGACAAGUCACCAAAGCGACAGCAGAGUGAAGAGGAACAUGAUUUUGAUGAUAUCCAUGCUCAUCGCCCACCAGGACUUCAUCACAGACUCUCAGAGCCUCACAAAUUGGGAAGCCAUGCAAUGGACCCACCCAAAGCAGUGCACACAGGGGAGCUCUCAGCCCUUCUAUCAGAGAUUGAGGCCCCUAUCAUACCGGUUGCUAAACCCAAGCGAGGUCGACCUUGUCGAUUAGACAGUACCAGCUCUCAAUCUAGUGUCGGUCCUCGUCAGAGCCCCAAGACUCCAAGCACUCCAUCAGUUCCAACAACUCCCACUUUUGCUCCCCCCAGGACAAUGUCCCACAGUACUUUGAGUACACCAGAACAUCCAUCUAUGGAUGAGCUACCUGCUGGGGUGAAGAGUGAUCCAUUGCACUCCAGAACAAGUAUGGACUCUGACAUAUUCUCACAAAAUUCAAAGAACAUGUUUCAUGAAGACUUGUUGCCAGAUCCUCCCCGGUCAAACAUUUCUCCUGAAAUGAAUAGACAAUCCAGCUUUAGAUCACAAUAUGGUUCUCUUGACAUUAAUGAAGAUGCUGCAGGGUUUGACAAUGAUGAUGAUUUUGGUGGCUUACCAAGUGUUAGUUCAGCUAUAGCCCGUAUGGGUAUUCCGACAGGCUCAGACUUUGAUGACCCACAGCGAACUUCUACAGACUUGCCUCAUCCAGUUUCUCUUUCAACCUUGACACCAGGGCCACUCUCUACAGCCAUCCAAGCUGGGCUUGAAACAAGGACAGACAUGAAAAUGGGUGCAGGAGCACUUGAUCUGACUGUAGCUAACCUUGCAAAGAGCAUGAGUAUCCCAGCUAUACACACAGCUCAAAGAGGGCGACCUGGGCCUAAUAUGCAAAGUGUUACCAACCUGUCACAGUCAUUGCCAGCAACUCGUCCAAGGGUUCCAGUGUCCAAAGGCAAACCCAAGAACUUCAUUGAGUCCAGUCUUGCAUUUCAGUCUGAAAAGCCAAAACAAUCUAAGAAACGUGGACGCAAGGGGUUGAAGGAUACUGGAGGAUUUUCUGAUUCAGAUGCUCCAAAGACCAAGAAGCUUAGGAGACCAGGAAGACUCAGGAAAGAAAGAAGGCUGCCAGAAUACAGUAGUGAGUCCUCCCCAGAACCAUGUCAAGAUGUUGCACAGUAUUCCAGCAUAACCAUGGCUGUCAAUGAAGAGGAACCACUUAAAAUGACAUUCAAAACCAUUCGUCACAAGCCUGACAGAGACCAAAAAGUGAAGGCAAAAGACCCAGGUCCUGCUCCCAAAAUCAAGAUCAGAGCUAUGACAAGUGGAGAUUCCGCUACUCCAUCUCCAAAUCCUGUUGCAAGGGAAACCAAAGAAGAGAAACCUCCUGUGAAGUCAGAACAUAGGGUUGAACAACCCGAGAAAGUAGAGACCAUCGUCAAAUCUGCCAAGACGGAGCCACCUGUAAUUAAAACUGAAAUCCCCAAAGAACCAAAGCUUGUGAAAGAGGAGAGUUUGCCAAAACCUCAGAAGGACGUUCCAACAUCUCACAGACAUGAAGAGCACACCAACAAAGUAAUGUCUCAAGAGCUAUCUAAAGGCAGCCAUGACAUAACUGUUGUCAAAUCUGAGCACUCAUCUGUAAAACAAACGGGAAUCACUAAAUUAUCUCCCAUGACACAUGUGCCAAAGUUAAAGAAUGAGCACAUGAAGAAAAUUCGACCGACUGAAGGUGGCCAGAAACCAAGUCCUGUUCCAAAGUCACCUAUAGCUGAUUUCUUUCCAAAGUUGGCAAAUAUGCCUCGCAUUCCAAAAAUCAGUAAGCAAACAUCAGAGGGUAAACAGUUGCCAAACACCAAGACCCUCACUACUCCAAAGACUGCUGGCAGUCCUUCACCUUCAAAUAAAACUUUAAUGUCAUCUUCUCCAAAGAAGUCUGCGUGGGGUAAAGGAGAUCCAUCAAAAGUGGGAUCUACCAAAAAGUUGGUAUCAACACAGCGUUUUGGCACAGUUAACCCAUCAGGAAGGAAAUCAGAUGGUACAAUGAGACAAGGGAAACCAUUUUCAAGUGGCAACAGAUCCCCAGUGACAGUAGGCCAGGGUAUUCGAAAAACAGGACCAAAUAUUCUCUCAAAAUCAUUGUCAACACCAAUACAAAGCCUUAAUUCCUGCAAGGCAAGUGUGGGAGCUGUUCAAGCUACCAGCAAAAUGGUAUCAAGUCCAACAACUGGAGUUACAAAGACAAUGAGCUCACAAGUUAAGCCAUCUGGUACAGUGAGCCCUGUACCAAAAACUUCAGCUGGGAUAACAUCAAAACUACCAACAAAUCCUAUAUCCUUAUCAGCAUCAAGUAAAUUAUCAAGCAGUCAAGCCACCACUGUCACUUCUUCUAUUAAGACUUCAUCGCUUGCAACAAGUUCAAGUACUACAACACCUUCAAGCAGCACAAGUUCAAGUUCAAAUACAAAAGUCAUUUCAAGUUCUCCUGUUUCUACAGUUGUAUCCUCCAGCUCAUCAACAGUCCACUUGGUAUCUACAGCAACCACAAGUUCUACAUCCUCUAGCAUAACAACAACUACUUCUUCAGUUCCAACUUCUGCACCAAUUACCACAUCCAGCCCAAUUACUUCUUGUGCUACUGCAACUACUUUACCCGUUUCCAAGUCAGUCACACCCCCACCAAUGGACCUGGCUCCUUUGUCGAAGUCAUCACCUGCUGUGACAGGGACUAAGACAAGUUCAACUCUUUCAAAUAGACCACCGCCUCUUGUGAUUCCUACAAAUGUUAAGGUGCCAGCACCGUCAGUAACAUCGCCUCCGACGCCAUCAUCUGUUGGCACACCCAAUAGUGCAGGACCAAACUCUGCUAAGCUGGCAACUCCAAAGUCUGGUAUGCGUGGAAACAGAAAAUUCUCACUCAUGGGCAUCAUUGAUAAGAUAAAGGAGAAAAAUGAAAAGGUUGAAAAGACAGAUAAAGUUGAGAAGGUUGAAAAGACUGAAAAAGUUGAAAGAAAAGGGCUCUUCAGUGCGAUUGGAUCUGGUACAUCAGGAAAUAGUGAUGAGAACACCAUGGAUGCACCAGAGAAGGAAACUAAAGACUCUGAUCAGACUGAAGAGACUGGAACCAAUAAAUCUCAAGCAUCUAAAGAAGACAAUUCUGUUGCUAGUUCCAAAGCUGAUUAUCCUACAAGUAAGGAGACCAAAACUGUUACAAUCCCUCUGACGAAAUUGGACAGUUCCAAAACAACAAUUCCGAAAGUAUCAUCUGCUGGCAAUCAGUUACCUUCCCGUCAACCGUCACCAUCAAUGAGCAGUAAACCAAGUGCAUUGACUCCCAAUCCAGCUACAGCCAGCCAAGGAUCCAGUUCAGUCAAGGGUAGAUCAUCUCCGAAGCCUCUGUCUCAGUCUCGCCCUCCUAAAGUAAGCACCCCACCCUUGACUGGCUCUCAGAAAAGAUCAAACAGUCCAACAGGGAAAAAUAUAUCCCUGAAACAAAGCAAACCGUCGCCAUUAAGCAGCAGUAGUUCAACUCCGACAUCCAUGAGUAGCCCUGUUAAACCAAGGCCUGGGGCAUCCCCUGUUCAACGAACCAGACCAAUCAUUCUCAGCCACUCCUUGUCAACUUACCAGUCACCAGAGAAGGGACAACAAAAAGUUACCAAGGUGCAACUUGCCAUGCACUCAGAUCUUGUGUCACAUUCUACUGUUUCUGGGCAAGGAUCUUCUGCAUCAAGUAUCAGUAAAGGGCAAGCUGGUUCAUCCCAGGUUCGCGUCCCUUCUCCGUCAGUCAAACAUCAGACUGUGUCAUCUAACAAACCAACUCAAGACUCAACCAGGAAACCAUCAUCUGUAACACCAAAGACAACAGAUACAACAAAGCCUGAUAGCAAGCCAGUCGCUCCUAUACCGAAGCCAUUGAAAGCAGAUCAAAGUUUGUUGAUGAAGACUAAACCAAACAAUGGGAAAGAAACAAGCUCACAAUCUCAGCAGAGCAGUCAGCGCCCAGAUUUUAAAGGAAUUUCUGACAGUGGUAGCUCCAAGAUGCCAUCUGCCGUUUCUAAGAAACCAGAAUCCAAACCAACAGAACCAAGGGCAAGAAAGGACUCCCAUGGGCCAAGUAAAGACAAAGAUGGUGACUAUUCAAAGUCUCCGAAAGCGGCUGUCGCGAGAACUGUAUCCAAAGACUCGAAGCCUACAUUCAGUAGUGGAAGCCAGGAUGGAAAAACAUCAAUUAGAUCUGAACAAAAGCUCUCUGAGCCAGUCCAAAAGCCGAAAGUCACUCCUCCACUGAUCAAAUCUGUUUCACAGUGUGAUAAAGAGAAAUUGAAAGCAGAUGAACCAAGAAAGUCUGAUUCCAAGAACAUUGUACCAGAGGUUAAGGGAAUAGACAAACAAGAAGUUUCUGAAGAGGUGACUAAAGUAUCUACAGCAAAACCUCAAGGAAUUGACUUCAAGGUGCCAAGUCCCGCUAUGGUACCAAGUCCAAAGUCCUCUGUAGUGAGUCCCAGACCUUUGAUGAAACCUGCCAGCUCUCCCAAACCAGUAAUUGCUUACUCACCCAAAGCACCAAGCCCGCUUCCAUCUGCCAGCGGUGUCCCCAGCCCAGGAAGUGCUUUAAGUCCGAAGGCCACAACUAAGCGAUCAGCAACACCAAUAGGUAGUCAGCCCCCACCUCCAAAGAAAGUGUGUGCACUUCCAACACCCUACAGCCCAGUUGAGAGCGAUGAUGAAUUUGGCAUGAUCAUUGACAUGCCUCAGUCUCCCAGAAGCAGUUUGCAGCAGAAACCUCAACGCUCCCCUAGGCCGGAUAGCAGGAACAGCAAUACCCAGACAGAGGGUGGAUCUACAUCGCCCAGAAGUGCUGUAGCACACUCUCCUCUAGGACAGCUUGCCCAAUCACCUUUGGGAAUAGGAAGAUCUCCUGCCUCAGUGAAGAGUAUUGGUUCAGAUAGUAUCAGCAGAAGUCCUUGUAGGAUAGAUGAUGAUUUGAUGGAUGAAGCACUCACCAGUUGUAUUCAGACAGAUGAUGUUUAGAAUCUUAUCAGUUCCUCGCAUUUGGCAAGUGAGAUAGUUUAUCACAAUGUUUGUAAAGUUACGUAUGACUUUAUGAAAGAAUAAAAUAUGAAGUGCCAAAUAAUUCACAAGUAUUUAGAAUAAAAUCAAUUUUAGAGCAUUUUCAUAAAAUAUCAAACUUUUUGUAAAACUGACCCUUGUUUUUCUCAAUUUUUACUCCAUGUUGCAAUUGCUCCAGCAAAGAUAAUUUGAGAGCAUUACACCUUCUCAUCUGAACUUUGAAACAGAGAGGUAGACAUUUUAUAGCAUUGCUUUAUAGCACAAAUAUAUUUCUGAAUUUAUUUCGGCACACAUUUGGAUUGCAAUAUUUCUAUCAUUUGAAUUCAAGAUUGUAUGUGAGUUUACAAACAGUGUGACGUCUGUCACAAGUCUACAAGCAUUGUGCCGCAUAGAUGAUUUGAUGGUUGUAUUGUUUAUCUCAUAUUCAAUCAGGAAGAUUACAGCAAAUUAACUAUAAAGGUAAAUUGAUUAUGAAUCUCAAAUCACAUUCAAUUUUGUUUUUCCUAUGAAACCUGCCUUCAAUGUUGGAAACUGAUUAAGCAUAUAUUGAAGGUCUUGUAACGAUCAUUGAUUAGCAUUUAUUGCUUAACCUGACAUACCUGGGGGGUGUUUCAUCAAAGUUGACUAAAUGGUCAGUGCUGAAUAUUUCAGUGAAAUCCUUGGUUUUUAUUGGCUAAGGAGCACUGGCCUCUGACUGUCUCUAUGGUAACUGUCGGAGAAAGACCACUUGUCAGUGCUGACAACUUUCUUGAAACGGACCCCAGUAAUAUUCAACAAACAAUCAAAAGUGUCUUUUUCUUCCUGGGUUUUUACUUUGUUAUCAUAUAAUUCUAUUAUUUCUGUAAACAGAUAAGCAUGGGAUGUGUAGAAAUUUCUUCCAAUAUGCAGUGUAUAUUAGUGUUUGGUCUAUCUGUAAGACUGAUUUUUUUUUUUAGGAUUCACUUGAAAGCAGGAUAUUUUCACAAUAUUCAUCCAUUUUGUCCAUCAGAUCCUCAAUUUUUCUCAACUUUAAUUCCACUUCAUUAAUUACCCAAGUCAUGAUGAUUUGAGAUCAUUUCACUUCUUCAUCAUUAAAGAAUAAAGUGGAGAUGAAUCAUUCCAGGAAGGUCUUGCAUACAAGUGGUUGGAUGUGCAUACAGAAUUACCCAAUAGAAUAAUCUUUUAUUCUGACUCUUGAUUAAGGGAAUUUUUUUUUUUUGAAUUACUUUAAUGACUAUAGGCAGAUAGAAGAACAGAAAUGCAAAUAAUAUUUUUUUUUCCAAUAUAUUUUUUAUUAUUCCCCCAAAAUUUGCAUUUUACAAACGUCUAUCGCAAAGAAGUAAAAGAUACUGUUUACCACCCAAAAUACAUUUUUUUAAACCCUGACAUGACUGAAUUCUUCUUAUGAGGUUGGCAUCCUCAUUGACAAAUAAGUGGAUUUGUUAAGUAAUCCAUUUAAUUUCAUCUGAGAAGCAGAUCAGGGUCCCUUUUCUUAAAGACUUGUUACAGUAACAAGUGCAACAUUUCUGUGACACAUUUUGAAUCGACCAAUCAAAUUGCAGGAUUUCAGUAGAUUGAAACUGUUAUUGCAAUUAGGUAUUAUAACAAGCUUUAUGAAACGGGACCCAGAUGUUUGUCAGUGGUAUUUCCAUUUAAUCAGAAUCCUGAAAUACCAGCUGAGCUAGAUUUUCUUAAUCAUGAGGCACCUCACAGGUGUUAACAAAAGUUGUAUAGUGCAUUACCUAUCAGGAGCUCUUCACAUGAAUUUGCCUAUUACACAUUGAAUCUUGAUAUGUUGAAUCUGUGGAUGUGAUAUCAAAGCACCAGCUUGUACGGUCUGUUACAUGUACCUUUUAUUAGGAAAAUAAUUAUGAUAAAGCCUUCAGGAAAAUCAUUCAUUCGUGAACAUUCACUGUACCUAAAAAAAGUUUUAUCAUAAUUCAAUAUUAAGGCCACCGCACACCUUAUGACUGUUCGCGAUCCGAUUUUGGAAAAAAUCGCAUUUUGCAAAUUUUCUGAAAAUGUGAAUGGAACAUAUCAUUUUAUUUGAGGUUAAAUUAAUUGAAAGAAUACUAAUAUAACCAUUUUGAAAGAUUGCAAGCCUUUAUUUUGGAGUAAAGGCAAAAUAAGUUUCAAAUCGUAGCCAAUCGUACGACCGCUAUGACGUCAUUACGACUAGAUAUUAAAUUUGCUUUUAUUCUAAUAAGGAUGAGAGCAUAGUCACAGAUUUGAACAUAGGAAUUCGUACGAUGAUUUAGAACAUUACACAGUAAGAUAAUCCAAGUCUCAAUAUUAGCAUCAAAUUCUAUCACAUUUUAUUCUGAAAUCGGGUCGCAGACCAAUCGUAAGGUGUGCGGUCGCCUUUAAACAUUGCAAAGUUCUUCAUCGUACAUGUAACUAACAAAAUAUAAAAGCAACUCAUUUUGUCAUAAUAAUCAACAAAAAAUUCAGACUUGACAUAUUUUUGAAUGCUGAUUGGCAAAAUAUUUUGGUUAAAAUGUUAAAGGUAAAAGAACGUAUUUGCAGCAAACAAUUAUUUCAUGAGAAAGUCUUUUAAAUCAAGGUUAAUUGUCACCAUAUUAUCAUAUAUCUAGAUCUGGUACAUUAAUGUAAACUUAUAUUUGUGAAAUCAUGAAAUCUUAGCUCAAAACUAAUAAUUCUGAUAAUCUCUAACACAGAAAACCAUAUGUGGGAUAGUGUAUUAAUACUGCUUGGAAAAAUACCCGACAUGGAAUUCUGUGCUUAUUUUGCUCAUUUCUCAGCAAUGAUGCAUUUUCUUCCAGAGACAUUUGGCACAUAUUGUUAUUUAUACAUCCAAACACUUGGGUGAUAAUUUAAUUGGAUUUCGUUCAAACCCAUUUUCAUAUUGUUACCACAACUGUUAUUUUCUUUAAGUCUCCCUAACUAUGUAUUUUUUGUGCUUUAUUUCACAAAACAUAUCUAUGCCAAGCAAGGAAUGUGUGCAAUGGGAGAGCAAUCGAAGACACACAUUAUCUCUUAGUGGGCUAUUUCUUUCUAGAAUUCUGUAAUCUGAUUGGUUGAUUUGUUAGUGAGACAAACCAGUAUUUACCUAGUUUACUUGGUCACAAAAAUCGAACAGGUAGCUGUAUAACCUGUUUGAUGUUUAGCUAUUGUAAUGUUGAUGUUUUCAUUGUUACAUGCAUGCCCAGUGCUGAUUUCAACUAUGUAAUAUAAGACCACAUUACAUGCGUAUUCAAGUAUCGCGAUGCCCACUACUAUUUGCGCAUCAAUUGAAUUUUAAUGGCAAAGUGUGCUUUCUUUGUACUGUGCCAUGAAUCAUUCAUUUCAAGAUAUGCUCACAAAGUGCAGUUUUGAAGAACUUAUUGACUUGAUUUCCCCUUAUUCUACAAUAAUAUAAGGCCUAGGGUACACUUAAAGAGAUAAAAUCAUUACAUCCUGCUUGUUCUUAAGAAAUACGGAUCUCCAGCCUUAUGAAAUAUGGAACAAGAAAGUAGAUAUUUCCCAUAUUCCAUGAACUAGCAGUCAAUAAUGGCAUUUCCAUAUGAUCAAGUUGGAGUCAAAACCAUAUUUUACAGUAUGGGGGGAGGCUGAUGUUUCAUGUAAAAAUAAUACAAUGCAAAAUCAGCGAGUUGGUGACCUAAUUGAAUUGUGCAUGUGACUGUUAUAUAUAUGUGAAAUGAAGCCAAAGUUAAUUUUAACUCCAUUGCAAUACAAUUUUUCAGCACUGGGGACAAUUGUUUCAUCCUCCUCUGUUGGGGUGGACAUGGCCUAUAAUUUGGUAUUGCAUUAUUAUAAUAUGCUGUCUGUGUCCUGUAGGUGCAGAUAUGAUGAAAUCACAGAAAAUUGCUUGUUUGGAAUUUAUUUUCUGUAAUAUGUAGGAGCAACACAUCUGGUUACAAUUUGAGCUUUUUGGACAUAAAUUGUUUAGCCUUUUUUUUUUUUAUUAAAUGUCAGUUUACAUAUACAUUAUGUAUUUAUUUUGAAAAUGUGUAAAUAUUAGGUGCAUGAUUAAACAUGUAGAAAUCUUAGCAGAUAAAGUAAAUUUGAAAAGGGUUAUUUGAAUUACAUGUAAUAUACUUGUACAUGUGCUGAAUGUGAUGUGUUGAGCCUUUGGGUGAAGGCUGAAUUUGAUCUUCUUGCACUGUUGUACCCAAGUGAAGAAAUGGUAAAUUUACAUGUAAAAAAUAACUGUAUGCAUCGUUAUUUUUUUUCUAUAAAUUGAAUUUAUAUUGUAUUUGUGAGGAGUUUUUGAUCAUGAACUGUAAACAUUUGUUUCUGCACUGGGCUUUUUGUUAUUUACAAGUACAUGUAUAAUGAUAUGCAUGCUAAUAUUAUACAUGUACAAAAAUAUACAGCAAAAAUAAAGUGUGGACAAGAGAA